AUGUUGGAGACGGCCAGAGCAGUCAAAUUUCAAGGCCAUCUACCUACUAAAUUAUGGAGGGAAUGUAUUGAGUCAGCUGUCUACAUAAUCAACAAGAUCCCUUCUACUGUUCUUGGUAACAAAUCACCAUUUGAAUUACUGUACAAGAGGCAACCCUAUUUUUCUCACAUGAGAGUCAUUGGUUGCCUUUGCUUUGCCUCAACUCUGCCUAAGUGUGAUAAGUUUCAGCCCCGAGCAGUGAAGGAUGUGAUUUUUUAUGAAGAUGCCUUUCCUUUCCAUAAUCUUGAGAUUACUACUGAAAGCCUGUCCUUCAAUACUGACAGUCCAACCAGGGCAGGAGAUACUUUCUUACCUUGUUCUGCUCCUUCAGAUGUACCUGCAACUGUGGUGAACACUCCUCCUCUUCAUUGUCCUAUUUCUUUUCCUGAAUCUAUUUUUCUGACAGACACUAUCAAUUCUUCAUCAGACACUACAUCCAUGCCAACUACAGAAAAAGUUUUGCCUGUUAAUGAAUCCACUGUGCCCAUUGCACCACAGGACAUUGUCAAGAAAUCCACUCAAGUAUCUAAGCCACCUAUAUGGCUUAGUGAUUAUGUGAGACCAGACAAGCAAGGACAGUCCAACACUUGUAUGUAUCCUUUGUCUGAUGUUAUUGGAUAUGAUCAUAUCUCCACUAAGUACCACAAUUAUCUUUCUCAAUUUUCCAAUGAGGUAAAACCAACCACUUUUCAUGAAGUAGCAAAAGACAAACAUUGGGUUGAGGCUAUGCAGGCUAAAAUCAAGGCCUUGGAAGACAACAAUACCUGA